AUGUCCCCCUCAGAGAAGGACCCGUCCCUGGAGAUCCGGUACCGGCACAAGAAGUGGCGGGAGAAGGAGCACGAGGGGACCAAGGGGCAGGAGCUGGAGCAGGGCCGGGCUGCCAAGAUCAAGCGCUCGGCCCGCAUGUGUGGCGAGUGCGAGGCGUGCCGGCGCCCCGAGGACUGCGGGCAGUGCGACUUCUGCCGGGACAUGAAGAAAUUUGGGGGCCCCAACAAGAUCCGCCAGAAGUGCCGGCUGCGGCAGUGCCAGCUGCGGGCGCGGGAGUCCUACAAGUACUUCCCCACCUCGCUGGCUCGGGGGCGCGAGGGGGACCUGGAGCUGCUGAAGGCGCAGCUGGGGGGGCCGGGGCCCCCCGAGAGCCUCUCGGAUGAGGAGCUGCCCCUCGACCCCCGGCUCUACCAGGAGCUCUGCGCCGGCGCCUUCGACGAGCACGGCCUGCCCUGGCUCAGCGACGCCGAGGACGCGCCGUUCCUGGACCCCGUCCUGCGCAAACGCGCCGUGAAGGUCAAACACGUCAAACGCCGCGAGAAGAAAUCCGACAAGAAGAAGGAGGAGCGCUACAAGCGGCACCGGCAGCGGGCGCGGCACCGCGAGCGCCGCGGGCACCCCGAGCGCGCCGACGCCCGCGACCCCGCGGGGCUGGGGCAGUGCCUGGGCCCCGGCUGCACCCGCCCCGCGCGCCCGCCCUCCAAGUACUGCAGCGAGGCCUGCGGCAUCAAACUGGCUGCCAACCGGAUCUACGAGAUCCUGCCGCAGCGGAUCCAGCAGUGGCAGCAGAGCCCGUGCGUGGCGGAGGAGCACGGCAAGCGGCUGCUGGAGCGCAUCCGGCGCGAGCAGCACCAGGCGCGGCUGCGGCUGCAGGAGAUGGAGCGGCGCUUCCACGAGCUCGAGGGGCUCAUCGCCCGCGCCAAGGGGCACCCGCCCCGCGAGGACGAGGAGAGCACGGAGGGGGACAGCGAGGACACGGACCUGCAGAUCUUCUGCGUGUCCUGUGGCCACCCCAUCAACCCCAAGGUGGCCCUGCGGCACAUGGAGCGCUGCUACGCCAAGGUGAUCCUGGGAUCUGGGGGGGUCUGGGGGCACCUCUGGGUUCCUGGGGUCUCUGGGAUCAUCUGUGGGGUCAUCUGUGGGUGGGCCCAGAAUGAGAUUUUGAGGUUGAAUUUAGGGGAUCUGUGCCCCAAGCACUCCUGGGACCCCAGGGUGCCCGCGGACGAGGUGUGCGGGUGCCCGCUGGUGCGCGACGUCUUCGAGCUGACCGGGGACUUCUGCCGCGUCCCCAAGCGCAAGUGCCACCGCCACUACUGCUGGGAGAAGCUGCGCCGCGCCGAGGUGGACCUGGAGCGCGUCCGCGUGUGGUACAAGCUGGAUGAGCUGUUUGAACAGGACAGUGUCACUGUCCCUGUCCCCACCCUGUCCCUGUCCCCACACUGUUCCUGUCCCUGCAUUGUCUUUGUCCCCACGCUGUGUCUAUCCCCACUGUCCCCACAGUGGUACAAACUGGAUGAGCUGCUCGAGCAGGACAGUGUCCCUGUCCCCACUCUGUCCCCACCCUGUCCCCAUGCUGUCCCCACACUGUCCCUGUCCCCCACGGAG